GUUCUGCCGGUGCUGGCGUCAGCUGGUGGCUGUUGUCGGAGACGACGCAGUGCCUGCAGCGACGUCUGACACAUUGGGGUCAUCUCUUGACAAUCAACAAGUACACUGAUGCCAUCUUCUCCUGCUGAGAUCAAGGUUCUGCUCACUGAACAAGGAUCCUUCUGGAACGCUUAAAUCUGUGAUCCUGACUGAUUGGUCCAGAACGAAUCAAGUGUUAAACAUCUCUCCUACAGCUUUCCUCGUGUCGGCACCAUUGGGCCCUCAGUGACGCUUUCAGCUCCAUGGACGUCUCAUCAUGAUCCUCCGCCAGCUGCUCCACCCUUCUUCCCGGCAGCUCCGCCCCUUCCUCCCUCCUCUUCGGGUCAUCACAGUAUCAUGCCGGUGCGCCUGCACAGAAGGCCCCACCCUCAGGUCUGAAAUUUGUCAGUCUGUGGACGUGUUAGGCCACUCCUACCCCUGUGAUGACUUCACCAACGUCACGCCAAAGAUCCUGGCCAAAGUGGGACGCAAUCUCCACAACCAAUCCCAUCAUCCUCUCUGGCUCAUCAAGGAGAGGAUCAAGGCUCACUUCUACAGUGCCUACAUCGGUCGCUGGGGUAACCCGCUCUUCUCCGUCCAUGACAACCUGAGCCCCGUGGUUACCGUGGAGCAGAACUUUGACAGCUUGCUGAUCCCGCCUGACCACCCAAGCAGGAAGCGUGGAGAUAACUACUACCUGAAUAGGGCCACCAUGCUUCGCGCUCACACCUCCGCCCACCAGAGGGAGCUGGUAAGAUCCGGCCUGGAUGCCUUCCUGUUGGCUGGAGACGUUUACCGACGGGACGAGAUUGACGCCAGUCACUACCCCAUCUUCCACCAGAUGGAGGGGGUGCGACUCUUCUCCAACCAUGAGCUAUUCUCCAAGGUCCACAAUGGUGAAGACCUCCAGAUGUUCGAGGCCGCCGGUCGCAGGACGCCUCAGAAACAGGAAACGCACAGCCUGGAGGCCGUCAAGCUGGUGGAGUUCGACCUGAAACACACGCUGACGCGACUCAUGACUCACCUGUUUGGAGAAGAUGUGGAGGUGCGGUGGGUGGACUGUUACUUCCCCUUCACUCAUCCUUCCUUUGAGAUGGAAGUGCGUUUCCGGGGUGACUGGCUGGAGGUGCUGGGCUGUGGAGUCAUGGAGCAGCAGCUGCUCAACUCUGCCGGUGCUGACAACAAGAUGGGCUGGGCGUUCGGACUGGGCCUGGAGAGGCUGGCCAUGGUCCUCUACAACAUCCCUGACAUCAGGAUCUUCUGGAGCCAAGAUGAGCGCUUCCUCAAGCAAUUCCAAGUGGAUGACAUACACCAGGCCGUCCGCUUCCAGGCACUCAGCAAGUAUCCCCCCCUGCAAAAUGACAUCUCCUUCUGGCUGCCCUCCGACGAGCGCGACUUCGAUGCCAACGACUUCUACGAGCUGGUGCGCUCCGUCGCUGGGGAUCUGGUGGAGAAGGUCUCGCUGGUGGACGACUUCACACACCCCAAGAGCGGGAGGCGGAGCAACUGCUUCCGCAUCGUCUACCGCCACACGGAGCGCACACUGAGCCAACAGGAAGUCGGCCUGGUCCACCAGAGGAUCGAGCGCAGCGCCGAGAGGGAGUUGGGCGUGGAGGGUCGAUACUGAGCCGGGCACUUUAUUAGGUAUUAGAUCUAGAAUGAGCCGGGUGCGAAUGCUUUAAGUCGGAUGUUGAUAUUUUUCUGUUGGUGAUGUGCUUUAUUAAAAUCAAUAACAAAAUUAAGAAAAAGUGUUUUUUUGUAGCGCCUUCAUGUGCGCUGGUUUGGUUGCCAUGGUAACCUGGUCCCACUGACUGUCAAAUGGUUUCCAGUGAGGGCCGCAUAUAUGAAAAUGAAAAGAUUCGGGGUGGGGGGCCACUUGAAUACAUUUUGUACUUUAAAGAUGCUAAAAGCAAUCCAAUGGAGGUCAUUUUAUGCUAAGCUAUCUACCAGUCAAAAGUUUGGAGACACCAUAAAAUGUCUUCAAACUUUUGAGUGGUAAUACAUCUCAUUUAUUUUUACAGUAUGCAAGGAAGGGCCAAUAAAUUUAAAAAAACAAACUAAGGGCCUCACAGGCCGCACUUGUGGUCCGAGGGGAAGAGUUUGGUGCUGGAAGGGGCAGGGCGUAUGUUGUGCGCCCGGUCACGUGUCCGAGCAUGUCUUUAGCUCGCUAAUGCGAGCACGCGAGUUGGGAAUCAUCAUAAACUGACACGAGGAAGGGUCUGGAAAAGCCUGAGGUUGUUGACAGUUGGACUUCAGCUUCCUGUCCAGAGCGGCGUGACAGACUGCUUGGAUCUUAUUUUUAGUAGCGACCCACUUUGAAGGUUCCAAGCGAGGCGGAAAGCAAACAUGAUGAAAAGUUUUUGCGUCCUAAUUUCUCUCCAAAAAUAACGUUGAUUUUGAUCCUGCGGCCACGCCCAUUUUGAGGCUGUGUAUGGUUGAAACGGUCGGUGCCCCCUUGGCGGCUCCUCGCGGCUUUUUCUGAACGAUGACAUUUCCAUUGGCUGACUGCGCGUUGGGCUCGGAUUUCAAGUUGCUAAAAAGCACGGUUGCGUUGUCAUGUGAUCGUGGCAGUCUGUAUUUUUGUUGUUUACGCUCAACAAACGUUCAUCUCGUGUUUGAACGCAAUCAGAAGCGCUGACCUGACCCGCUUCUUUGAUCCACUUGGACAUCACCAGCAGUCACAACCUCAAUUUCAAGCUAUUUUGGAGCGUUUGUCGUCCUCGGGGGUGCUCGCAUUUGGUUCAUCUGAUGCUAAGAGGACGUCCAUUUAGCGUCAGGCUAAUGGCUAAGUGUUAAAAGGAUAGGAAACGUAGAAAAUAAAACUCCAGACAGCAAUCAACAUCGUUAGAUGCAUUUGAUGUUUGUCUGCUCACGUGUACUGAGGGUGUGGGCGUGGCCGCGAGUGCCAUCCAAAGUCUCGCGGGAUUUGCGGCAUGAAUUUUGAAUGAGCUGGUCUUUCUUCCCCUGCAGGCCCUAAUUGCUUCUUCAAUUAUUCAUCCCUUCCCUCUCCAGCUUUUCCAGGAAUUAGUCUGUGCCCUCUUGCUCUGCACAUCACUUGAGAUUUUGUUGUUUGAACACGAAUACACGAACAGAAUCAUAGCACCAAGCGCAUCCUAAGCCUUGUCCGUGCUGUGAUGUCAUCUUUCCUCCUCCUUAAAUAACUUCUUUAAUGAACGUUUCCAUGACAACAUUAUGAUUAAUCACACACGUGUAUUAAUAAUGGAUUAUGGUCAUAUUUUAUUUACUCUAGUCCAUUUGCAUCUUUUUUUUAGCCUUUAGAUUGCUACACCUGAGCAGGUAUUUCCGUAAUGACUAAAAUGUUAGUAGAAUAAAACAAUUAUACAAUCAUGUCUCUGUACACCCUAAACAAAUUGCUGUCAACGUUGAUAUGAUACAGUGUAUUGCAUUUCAAUUUCUUUUAAAGAUACUAACCUAAUUCACACCUAAAGCUCUAAUUUGACUGAAUAAAAUACAUUCCUCCUC